UUUGGAAACAAAUAACGUAAUUUUUAAAAUUCCACGCAUUUUUAUUACGACAAAAACAACCUGUUCACAAUAUAAAAAAUAGAACGAUUGCAAAGUGAGGGAGAUAAAGAUGUAUAAAACCCCAAUAAUAUUUGCGCUGACAUGGACAAUUAUUGCCUUUGACAUGGCUCUUGCGGACAUUGAUAUGAAGAGUUAUGAUGAAAUAAUUGGAGCCAAUGAAUAUGACAAAGAAUCUUUUGGGAGAUUUCAUAAAAUGUUGAAAAAAUAUUGUUUCGAAAAUGGAACAACAAAAGCCAUAUUUGAAAAAACCAAAUUCAAUAAGAAGUCAAUGAAGUACAUAAGCUAUACAAGUAACGAAUUCAAAAACAAUUGUGGUGUGCUUUACGAUUUGAAAAAGGCAAAUCCGUCUGUAACUGGUAUGACGGAUCCAGAGUUGGCUUUCAGAACAUUAUUUGAAGCGGUAAAAUCAAUAUAUGACACAUAUGAAAGAAGAUUAGUCGGAGAGGAUAAUAGUCGUGCGAAAACCAUGUUGAAAGAACAAUUCGAAGAGGAUCCAAUAAAAUUCCUGCUCAGUUUGACAAAACGAAGAUUGGGAUUAGAGGAAGACAUCGGUACUAUUCAGGAUAUUUUUGAAAAUGUUUCACGAGAAGAAGCAGCUUUACGCACAUACAUACUAGAGAAGGAUGAUGAUGAUGAUAAGGUGGACUGCUUCAGUUGCCUUCGGAUAUUACGAUACAUUUGUUGAUCAAUCGACUUUAAAAAUUUUGAUAUUUAAAUAUACAAAUAUAAACGAUAUUCGAUAAGUACCCCGAUCUAUAACUCGAAUAAUCAAUUUGUGGCAUAUUUUAUCAAUAAAAAGAAAUUAAUUUAUUUAUAAAUAUA